UAUAUGCAUCAGCGAUAAAAGUUCUGCUAAAGCUGAAAUAUUUCCGGUCCAAACGGAGCGUCAGCAGCGCGCAUUUGUUCCGAGGAGCGCUGGAGGCGCAGCAUCUCUUAUCAAAACCACAGGUAAACCUGCUGCUCCUGUCAUGGCUGCUACGGUCCUGUUUGUACUGAGCAGUCUCAUCAUGGCCACCACUGUCCAAGCUCAAGACUGUCCUAAACCUGAGGGAGGUCCCAAUGUCACUUUCAGGGACGAGGACAUUAAUAAGGAAACAUUCCCAGAUAAACAAAGAAUUAGACUUCGUUGUGGUAUUGGCUACACAUCUGCAGGGGGGUCUCCAUACAUUACUUGUCUUGCAGGCAGUUGGAGUCGUGUGCAGCUGAAAUGCGAGAGGAAGAACUGUGGCUCUGCUGGUGAGGUGGCAAAUGCACGAAUAAGCUAUGAGGGGACUGAGUUUGGUGACAAAGCUGAGAUUCGUUGUAACAAAGGUUACACAAUGGUUGGACAUGGAGUACUCAAUUGUGGAGAUAAAGGAUGGAUGGGCAGACUGCCUGUAUGUGAAGGAAUAAAAUGUUUCCCAUCACCAGUAAUUGCGAAUGGCUAUUUAAGACCUGAUCGAGAAGCUUAUAACUACAGACAAGUUGUGAAGUACUUCUGUGACAAAUACUAUACACUCGAAGGGGCAAGAGAAGGGAUGUGUUCAGAAAACGGUGAAUUCAACCCGAAACCUCCAAUAUGUAAACCUAAGGACUGUUCCAGACCUGGUGGAGGAUCCUACAUGCAUCUGAAAGGAAAUGAUAAUAGAAAAUAUACAUUCCCACAUAACUCCACAGUUACAUUUGAAUGUAAUGAAGGCUUCAACGAUGAAGGAGGGUCACCACUGAGUACUUGUACUGCUGGCCAUUGGAGUCCUGUGGAACUGAGAUGCGAGCUUAAGAACUGUGGUCCACCUAAAAACAUGGUGAAUGGACAUAUAAACUAUGAGCGGACGGAGUAUGAUGACAAAGCUACGAUUCGUUGUAACCAUGGAUACAAAUUAAUUGGAAACUCAGAAAUCACUUGUAAAAUGAUGGGAUGGAGCGAACCACCGACAUGUCAAGUGGUGACAUGUGUUUCACCACCAGUGGUUGCAAAUGGCAGUUUCACCCCUGUUAAAGAUGUCUACCGCUAUGAAGACUCUGUGGUUUACUCCUGUAAUGAUGGUUAUAAACUCCUUGGAUCAGAAACAUUAAAAUGUUUAAAUAAUGAUACAUUCCUCCCUGAUCCUCCACAGUGUGAACUUAAGAACUGUGGUCCACCUAAAAACGUGGUGAAUGGAAAAAUAAACUAUAAGCGGACUGAGUAUGAUGACAAAGCUACGAUUCGUUGUGACCAUGGGUACAAAUUAAUUGGAAAUUCAGAAAUCACUUGUAAAAUGAUGGGAUGGAGCGAACCACCGACAUGUCAAGUGGUGACGUGUGUUUCACCACCAGUGGUUGCAAAUGGCAGUUUCACCCCUGUUAAAGAUGUCUACCGCUAUGAAGACUCUGUGGUUUACUCCUGUGAUGAUGGUUAUAAACUCCUUGGAUCAGAAACAUUAAAAUGUUUAAAUAAUGAUACAUUCCUCCCUGAUCCUCCACAGUGUGAACCUAAGGACUGUUACAGACCUGGUGGAGGAUCCAACAUGCAUCUGAAAGGAAAUGAUAAUAGAAAAUAUACAUUCCCACAUGACUCCACAGUUAUAUUUGAAUGUAAUGAAGGCUUCAACGAUGAAGGUGGGUCACCACUGAGUACUUGUACUGCUGGCCGUUGGAGUCCUGUGGAACUGAGAUGCGAGAUUAAGAACUGUGGUCCACCUAAAAACGUGACGAAUGGUCAUAGAAACUAUGAGCGGACUGAGUACAAUGACAAAGCUACGAUUCGUUGUGACCAUGGGUACAAAUUAAUUGGAAACUCAGAAAUCACUUGUAAAAUGAUGGGAUGGAGCGAACCACCGACAUGUCAAGUGGUGACAUGUGUUUCACCACCAGUGGUUGCAAAUGGCAGUUUCACCCCUGUUAAAGAUGUCUACCGCUAUGAAGACUCUGUGGUUUACUCCUGUUAUGAUGGUUAUAAACUCCUUGGAUCAGAAACAUUAAAAUGUAUAAAUAAUGAUACAUUCCUCCCUGAUCCUCCACAGUGUGAACUUAAGAACUGUGGUCCACCUAAAAACGUGACUAAUGGUCAUAUAAACUAUAAGCGGACUGAGUAUGAUGACAAAGCUACGAUUCGUUGUGACCAUGGGUACAAAUUAAUUGGAAAUUCAGAAAUCACUUGUAAAAUGAUGGGAUGGAGCGAACCAUCGACAUGUCAAGUGGUGACAUGUGUUUCACCACCAGUGGUUGCAAAUGGCAGUUUCACCCCUGUUAAAGAUGUCUACCGCUAUGAAGACUCUGUGGUUUACUCCUGUGAUGAUGGUUAUAAACUCCUUGGAUCAGAAACAUUAAAAUGUAUAAAUAAUGAUACAUUCCUCCCUCAUCCUCCACAGUGUGAACCUAAGGACUGUUCCAGACCUGCUGGAGGAUCCAACAUGCAUCUGAAAGGAAAUGAUAAUAGAAAAUAUGAAUUCCCACAUGACUCCACAGUUACAUUUGAAUGUAAUGAAGGCUUCAACGAUGAAGGAGGGUCACCACUGAGUACUUGUAUUGCUGGCCGUUGGAGUCCUGUGGAACUGAGAUGCGAGAUUAAGAACUGUGGUCCACCUAAAAAUGUGACGAAUGGACAUAUAAACUACAAGUGGACUGAGUAUGAUGACAAAGCUACAAUUCGUUGUGACCAUAGGUACAAAUUAAUUGGAAACUCAGAAAUCACUUGUAAAAUGAUGGGAUGGAGCGAACCAUCGACAUGUCAAGUGGUGACAUGUGUUUCACCACCAGUGGUUGCAAAUGGCAGUUUCACCCCUGUUAAAGAUGUCUACCGCUAUGAAGACUCUGUGGUUUACUCCUGUGAUGAUGGUUAUAAACUCCUUGGAUUAAAAACAUUAAAAUGUAAAAAUAAUGAUACAUUCCUCCCUGAUCCUCCACAGUGUAAAUCUAAGGACUGUUCCAGACCUGGUGGAGGAUCCAACAUGCAUCUGAAAGGAAAUGAUAAUAGAAAAUAUACAUUCCCACAUGACUCCACAGUUACAUUUGAAUGUAAUAAAGGCUUCAGCGAUGAAGGAGGGUCACCACUGAGUACUUGUACUGCUGGCCGUUGGAGUCCUGUGGAACUGAGAUGCGAGAUUAAGGACUGUGGUCCACCUAAAAACGUGGUGAAUGGAAAAAUAAACUACAAGUGGACUGAGUAUGAUGACAAAGCUACGAUUCGUUGUGACCAUCGGUACAAAUUAAUUGGAAAUUCAGAAAUCACUUGUAAAAUGAUGGGAUGGAGCGAACCACCGACAUGUCAAGUGGUGACAUGUGUUUCACCACCAGUGGUUGCAAAUGGCAGUUUCACCCCUGUUAAAGAUGUCUACCGCUAUGAAGACUCUGUGGUUUACUCCUGUGAUGAUGGUUAUAAACUCCUUGGAUCAAAAACAUUAAAAUGUUUAAAUAAUGAUACAUUCCUCCCUGAUCCUCCACAGUGUAAACCUAAGGACUGUUACAGACCUGGUGGAGGAUCCAACAUGCAUCUGAAAGGAAAUGAUAAUAGAAAAUAUACAUUCCCACAUGACUCCACAGUUACAUUUGAAUGUAAUAAAGGCUUCAGCGAUGAAGGAGGGUCACCACUGAGUACUUGUACUGCUGGCCGUUGGAGUCCUGUGGAACUGAGAUGCGAGACUAAGGACUGUUCCAGACCUGGUGGAGGAUCCUUCAUGCAUCUGAAGGGAAAUGAUAAUAGAAAAUAUACAUUCCCACAUAACUCCACAGUUACAUUUGAAUGUAAUGAAGGCUUCAACGAUAAAGGAGGGUCACCACUGAGUACUUGUACUGCUGGCCGUUGGAGUUCUGUGGAACUGAGAUGCGAGAUUAAGGACUGUGGUCCACCUAAAAAUGUGACAAAUGGAAUAAUAAAAUAUAAGUGGACUGAGUAUGAUGACAAAGCUAAGAUUCGUUGUGACCAUGGGUACAAAUUAAAUGGAAGUUCAGAAAUCACUUGUAAAAUGAUGGGAUGGAGCGAACCACCGACAUGUCAAGUGGUGACGUGUGUUUCACCACCAGUGGUUGCAAAUGGCAGUUUCACCCCUGUUAAAGAUGUCUACCGCUAUGAAGACUCUGUGGUUUACUCCUGUGAUGAUGGUUAUAAACUCCUUGGAUUAAAAAGAUUAAAAUGUAUAAAUAAUGAUACAUUCCUCCCUCAUCCUCCACAGUGUAAACCUAAGGACUGUUACAGACCUGGUGGAGGAUCCAACAUGCAUCUGAAAGGAAAUGAUAAUAGAAAAUAUACAUUCCCACACAACUCCACAGUUACAUUUGAAUGUAAUGAAGGCUUCAGCGAUGAAGGAGGGUCACCACUGAGUACUUGCACUGCUGGCCGUUGGAGUCCUGUGGAACUGAGAUGCGAGAUUAAGAACUGUGGUCCACCUAAAAAUGUGACGAAUGGACAUAUAAACUACAAGCGGACUGAGUAUGAUGACAAAGCUACGAUUCGUUGUGACCAUGGGUACAAAUUAAUUGGAAAUUCAGAAAUCACUUGUAAAAUGAUGGGAUGGAGCGAACCACCGACAUGUCAAGUGGUGACGUGUGUUUCACCACCAGUGGUUGCAAAUGGCAGUUUCACCCCUGUUAAAGAUGUCUACCGCUAUGAAGACUCUGUGGUUUACUCCUGUGAUGAUGGUUAUAAACUCCUUGGAUCAGAAACAUUAAAAUGUUUAAAUAAUGAUACAUUCCUCCCUCAUCCUCCACAGUGUGAACUGGUGACAUGUGAUUCACCACCAGUGGUUGCAAAUGGGAAUUUCAGCCCCAAUUCCAGUUCCUAUAACUAUGGAGACAAUGUGACAUACACCUGUGACAGUGGUUAUGCACUCAAUGGAACAAGUGAAUUAACAUGUUCAGAUGAAGGUGAAUUUAACCCUGAGCCUCCACAAAGUUUCAGGGGUUGAAUGGAAAGAUCCUGAAAUUCCAAAUGCUGAAAUUGUUAAUGGUUCCCAGCCUCCACAUGGACCCAUGGCCUCUGUGACGUACAAGUGUAAAGAUGGAUAUGAAAUGUCAA